AAGGCGACUGGCUGAACGUGGGAUAGUGGUGCCAAUGUGUUCCUUCUUCGCUAGGUGUCCCUUGCCGCCGGCUCUGAUAAACCGAACGCGAUCGACUCAAUGAUCGACUUGUCAAAUAGCGUAUUGUAUGGAGAGGUUCUGCAUUUGAAUCGAGAGGAAGACUAUAUAGGGUGUCACUGCACAACGCGCUGGAAGGAAUUGAGCUAGCACAGACGGAUCGCCAGCAGCUGGUUGAGCUUUGGCACGGUUCCAACGAGAAGUCGGACGAACAUGGCAAAUGUUCUCCCUGUUCAUGUUUUGUUAUUUGUUUAAUUAAUAGGCUACUUAUAGAAACUGCGCGACUGUUACUGCUUACAUGCCAUGUGGAACUUUGCUCUGCACAUAGCCUUUGUCUUAAUCUCAAGCCGUCUAUUUGCACACUUUAAACAAUAGUGUAAGCAUAGUGCCGAUAUUGGGAAAAUAGGUUACAAACCAUCGAAAAGUGGGCACAAGUAAGCGCUAUGUGCACACUGGCAGAGUAACCUGACGGAAGUUGAGACAGUCUUCGCCGCAUGCAGCUAAACUUUGUUGAUUUGCUUUACACCGGAUGAUCUGAUCUGACCUCUCUUGGACCGAGAGUAGCGGUCACUGUUUUGAUUCCAGAAUGGAUAUCGACGUUGACUUCCAUAUGAACUCAUCAGUUGAUGACUACGUUGACUAUGGAAGCGGUGUAAACUGUCUGCCAGCGCGUGAAGUGGUCUUCAUCCCGGCGCUGCUCUACGUGGCUUUGGUGCUGGGGCUACUCGGGAACGGGUUGGUUUUGGCGGUUCUGUGGUUCAAGAGACGCAGCUGGAGUGUGACGGACACCUUCGUGCUUAAUCUCGCUGUGGCUGAUAUUCUGCUGCUGGCCACUCUGCCGUUUUGGGCUGUGAAUGCAGAGAAUGGAUGGACAUUUGGCACCGGUUUUUGUAAGGCUGUUGCUGCCAUCUUUAAGAUCAACAUCUAUUUUGGGAUGUUUGCGCUAACCUGCAUCAGCUCACAUCACUUGCUGCUUGUGACGGACACCUAUCGGGUGUACUCUCGCCAGAGGCUCUGGAUGCCACAUGCCACCUGUCUGGCUGCAUGGGUGGUCUCCAUUCUCCUCUCCAUCGGGGACUGGUUGAGUCUGAAGCCCUCCAAGGAUCAUGCUUACCUGGAGAGGCACUGGUGUCCCGUGCCUGUGUCCCAGUGUCGUGUGGGAGGGGUUGUUUUCCUGUUGGUGACCGUGGCCUUGGUGCUCGGCUACACCGUGGUUCUGGUCCGGCGGCCCCUGAAAAGGCCCCAGGAGUUCAAGAAGGGAAGGGCCAUCCGGUUCACCCUGGCCCUGACGGCAGCCUUUUUCCUCACUUGGUUGCCCUACAACAUUGCCCUGGUGGUGGACCCCGUGGGAGCUGGCGGCGACGACUGCCCUGAUCGCCAGCGGACGGCCGUCGAGGUGGCCCUGUUUGCCACGGCUGCCAUCGGCUGCAUGCAGUGUUUCCUCAAGCCCUUGCUCUACCUCGGCCUGGCCAGCGUGUUCCGUACACGCGUACUGGAGUUGACCAGGUGUAUCACCAGGUGUAUCACCAGCAGUUCACAGAGCAAUCACAAGAUUUCAAUGUGGGACUCGGGUGGUGAGGACGAGGAAGAGGAAGAUGACUCCCCUGCAAAGGUCUCAUUGUCUCAGUGCAAGUGUUAGACCACAGGACCUUUACACUUUACAAAGGUAACCAGACGCCAGUCUACAUGGACACCGUUAUUCAAAAAGGACUAGAGCAAAUAAAUUAUCAGAGGACUUUCGCUGUAAAUUAGCUUUAAAACAUCAAUUUAUUUCCAGGCACGUUAUGCAGAUGCAUUACUUGCAAGUAAUUUUGACUCUUGGGAAAAUAAGGUACUAUAAGCCAUCGAGUGUUAUACUAGGUAGAGUAAAGGUAAUUAUUGGUAGAAAUACCCUGUCCCAUUAGUCCCUGGUUGCAUGUUUGAACAGCAAAUAGCCCGGUGGGAGAUGACCUUGUCCAUGUUUAAGCUAUUGUGUAAACAAAUGUAGCACAGCCUGUGAAUGUGAGGAGGUAUGUCAAGUAUGCCGCAGUCUUUCGUAUUGCCUGCCACUUCUGUGCUGCUUGUAGUGCGCUCCUGUUGAACUGUGUCUUUUCACUCCCAGAUGCCUACGGCAAAGCUGAGUGGGAUCAGUUGUCGUUACAAUUUAUGUUAGUGAUGAGUCAGUGAAUACUGUGGUAAAGUUAAUGUUGUUGCACACAUUGUUUCAUUCUGGACUAUUCUAUGUAGAUGCUGAUGUGAAAUAGGGGCUGACAUCUGCACCGCACAUCUGGUUUGCCUAUUUUAGCAUGUACAUACAGUAUCACAUACUUUCAGUAUUGGUUCAUAAUUACCACUGAAUGUUGCACACUACGCCUCUGUGUCAAAUGAAGUGUUUCUGAUUCUAUCAGUUUCAAACUGUUGGAUAGAUAUAGAUACAGUACUGUUACAUUAGACAUUAUCCAAAAAUGUUAUAUUUUAAGAUCUUUGUCCAACACUGUGUUUGUUUAUUGGACUUUUUAAAUCUUAAGCUUGAACUCAAUUACUUUGUAUUUGAUGCCAGUGUACUGUAAUACUGGUUUCACUUUCUAAAUGUGGAGAGAUUGUGAAAACGGUCCGUUACCCUGAUGCUUUCGAUCACAUGCUGCUGACUUGCAGUGUGCAAUCCGUUGGAAACUCCCAGUCAAUCUCACAGACCCCAUUCACAGCUGGAAUCUGGAAUUUCCUCUCUCCUUGAACCUCAUGUUGCACACAGGAAAAAUCCCAGCUGGAGUUUUUAACUAAAGACAGCUGAGUGAUGUCAAUUAAGAGAAGCAGAGUGCCCCCCCCCCUCCACCAACCCCCCCAUCAGCUUCUGCUUUCCUUCUUUGCCCCCUCCACCCCCUCCUCCCAGCUCUGUUCUUUGUUCUUGCAGUGUCACGAUUUAACCUCCAGCACAGCAGGCGACUCCCUGGAGCGAAGGAGAUAGUGUGCAGGGGAGGACUCGGACAAGAACUCGGACUUUUACUCCCAUUUUCCCAAGCAUCCUCUUCUCAGGCCCUGCCAAUUCUCCUCUCUAUAAAUGCCCCUCUGUGUUUGUUUUGUCACUUGAGCACUGAAGCCCCCUUUGUGUGGAGUUGCCCCCGAGUAGGAGAGAGAGAGAACAAGAGGAGGGAGGGAAAGAACGAGAGGAUGUGUGACUCAUCAGGCACCUGAUCUCUGAGGCGUCUUUUCUUUCAUCAUGUUGUGGUGUUCACUCUUGUUACAAAAAUAGGUACGCAGGGACAAUCAGUGUGUUGAAUGUGGUUGAAUGAGGGCUGGCUCAAAGCCAGUUUGUUCACACAAAGAGUAGGUGGCUUUUCCCUCAAGCUACACUCAAACUAUUUUAUUUUCAAAGCAGCUGAUGUACACAAUCUCUUUAUUCAAAUGCUUAUACUAUCACAAUAAAGUAUUUUAUUUGUACUGUAUAAACUGAUGUCCUAU